GUAUAGUAUAAACCCGUGUAACCUAUAAUGGUGAUUUUAAGAAUUCUCAUUUUAAUUUUUAUAUCGCGUGCUUCGUCUUUGGAGUUUUCUCUAACUAAAACUGCGAACAAUUAUGGACCUUAUAUUGUUAAAUUCUACAACUACAAGAUGUGUUCAGGACCUCGAUCUAGAAAUGUGACCAUUUCUACUUCAACCCUCGAUAUUGGCGAAUUUGGUGCUAUUGCGUCUUACAACUGUACAUUCACUGAACCAGCAAAAGUGGAAGAGUUCAAAACCAUAGUAUGGAAUGUGAAUGGAAAUCAGAAGAAUAUAUUAUGGAAUUACAAGGUGAACAAGCCGUGCCAACAUUUCGUGAUCAGCGGUAUUAUGAAACAAUACUUCCCUACUAUGCGUAACUGCGUCGUUCCACCGGGUGAAUAUAUUUACAAAAGCAACUACACUGAUAUUUCGUACAAAUUCUUUGGGAGCUCGUUUUUCUAUGGGGACUACUCUUUCAAAAUGAACGCCAUGGCGAAGCAAGGAAACAUUAUGUGUUUACAGAUCAACGCUGUGUUUACCAAGAAAAGUAUUACGUAA